AAUAAAAGAAAACGUUCAAUUACACCUGAUACGCAAGUUUUUACCGAAGAUAAUCAAAGAGGUUCCAAUAAUAAAAACGAUGAAACCCGAACAGAAUUAAUAGAUUCUGUAGAAGAGGAUGAGGAGUCAGAAAAGGUUGAUGAACUAGUCAAAAUUGAUGAUAUUGCAAAGAUCGAAGAGCAACUAAAAAAGAAACUUCGUAAUGAGUGGUAUGUAGGAAAUAUUAAUAUAACUAAAAAAUUUCGCCAAUAUCAAUUGCACUCUAUUGAUAAAGCGAAGAAAGGUUUAAAAUGGAAUGAUACCUAUGAAAUAUUAGCAUUGGCGUCCAUAAUUGUUCUUUCAUCUCCAUGCCCAUACCCGUAUGAAUAUUUUACUUUCAAUGAAUGGAAUCUUAUAACGGAAACUAACCCGUAUAAGAUUGAUGGAACUGUAAUACCACCAUCUGUUUCAACAAGUCUACAUGAAGCAGCAAAAAAUGUUAUGCUUGGAAAAAAUGUAUACAUGAACGCAGAAGAAUCAUUUAUAGAACAGUCAGCUGCUAAAACUUUUAAUGAUUUUAA